CAAUCUCAUCCCUUCACUCUCCCCACAUCACUCCCACCUAAUUUUCCAUCUCAGGGAGAAAACAUGCAAGCAAAAGCAAUGGCUCUGACACACGCCGCCGCCGCCGCACCGGGGCUGCCGAAUUCCUUCCUCCGCCCGAGCCCCAGCCUCAAACACCCAUCUCCCACCAAACCCUCCUCUCUCACCGAACCCAGAUCAAGAACCAUCUCCGCCGUCCUAUCCUCCAAAAAGCCGCCGCCCACCGCCGCCCCGCCUUCGAAAAGCUGGAGUCUUGACAGCUGGAAAUCCAAGAAGGCCCACCAAAUCCCGGAGUAUCCCGAUAAAACCACCCUCGAAUCAGUCCUCAAGACUCUCGAAUCCUUCCCUCCGAUCGUUUUCGCCGGAGAGGCCCGCAGCCUCGAGGAGCGGUUGGGGCAGGCGGCGCUCGGAAACGCCUUCCUUUUGCAGGGCGGCGAUUGUGCUGAGAGUUUUAAGGAAUUUAGUGCUAAUAAUAUUAGGGAUACCUUUAGAGUGCUGCUGCAGAUGGGUGUUGUGCUUAUGUUUGGUGGUCAGAUGCCUAUUAUUAAGGUCGGAAGAAUGGCAGGGCAAUUUGCUAAGCCAAGAUCUGAUCCAUUUGAGGAGAAGGAUGGUGUGAAGCUGCCAAGUUACCGUGGUGAUAAUGUCAACGGUGAUGCUUUUACUGAGAAAUCAAGAAUUCCAGAUCCCGAGAGAAUGAUAAAAGCUUACACCCAAUCUGUGGCGACACUCAACCUGCUCAGAGCAUUCGCAACUGGAGGGUACGCUGCCAUGCAGAGAGUCACCCAGUGGAACCUUGAUUUCACCGAACACAGUGAGCAGGGUGAUAGGUAUCGUGAGCUGGCUAAUCGGGUUGAUGAGGCUCUUGGUUUCAUGGCAUCCUGUGGUCUUACUGCUGACCACGCUCUGAUGACCACUACGGAGUUCUGGACAUCACAUGAGUGCUUGCUUUUACCUUACGAACAAGCACUUACAAGAGAGGACUCGACAUCCGGUCUGUAUUACGACUGCUCUGCCCACAUGAUUUGGGUCGGGGAAAGAACAAGGCAGUUAGAUGGUGCCCAUGUCGAGUUCUUAAGAGGAGUUGCCAACCCUCUUGGAAUCAAGGUUAGUGAUAAGAUGGAUCCUAAUGAACUAGUGAAACUCAUUGAUAUCCUGAAUCCUGACAAUAAACCUGGAAGAAUCACGGUGAUCGCCAGAAUGGGGGCUGAGAACAUGAGAGUGAAACUCCCGUAUCUGAUUAGGGCUGUUCGCAGAGCAAGUCAAAUUGUCACUUGGGUCAGCGACCCUAUGCAUGGAAACACAAUCAAAGCUCCUUGUGGACUCAAGACCCGCUCCUUUGAUGCUAUCAGGGCUGAGGUGAGAGCAUUCUUCGACGUACAUGAUCAAGAAGGAAGCCAUCCAGGAGGCGUGCAUUUGGAGAUGACUGGACAAAAUGUUACAGAGUGUGUUGGAGGGUCUCGAACGAUCACCUACAAUGAUUUGAGCUCACGCUAUCACACCCACUGUGACCCGAGGCUCAAUGCUUCCCAGUCACUCGAGCUUGCCUUCAUCAUCGCAGAGCGACUUAGAAAGAGACGAAUCGGAUCUCAGCGGUUUCCAUCUCUCAGGGUGUAAGAGUUAUGGCAUUGCUUGUGUGAAAUCUUGAAAUGUUAAUGUUGCUCAAAAGUUGUGUUACUCUGCAACUAUGGUGUUUUAUAGUCAUUCCGUCAUGUUUAUCGCGAAUUGUUCGUAUAUGUAUAUGUUCUCGUAUAUUGGGCCGCGGUUAAGAGUUUGCUUCUAUGCGUUUGUGUAGCAAGAGUGUAACAGAUAUUUCAGACAAACACUCAAGAGGGUGUUCAUUGUUGUAGAAAUAAUCGUCUCUGUUUCUGGUAAAAAGUUGUCUGAAUCCAUACCUUGUUAUAUUCA